UACCUUUUUUUGGAGCAGCGGUGUCCAAGAUGGCGCGACACGCGACGCCCGCGUUUCAUCUGUGAUUAAAUUGUAAUGUUGUAUUUCGUACUUUAUUAUUAUCGGUUUUGAUAUUUCGAACGCGUAGAUAUUAUUAAAAAUUCUCGGAUGAACGCUGGUGUUUUUUUUUAUUCGAGAGAAAUUUGUCGUCCGAGCUACGAUCACUUCCUGAUGUUUAGCACGAAUGGAACCACGUUGACUCUAACCUCUUCGAGUGACAUUUUUACACACGUUUUUAUAGAGGCGAGAGAAUUUAUAUAUUUAACAAUUCUGCGAAUGCUCAGUGAAUGUUAUUGAGAGACAGGAGAGAGAUAUAUUAAACCUAAUUUUGUAUAUAUCAAGGUAAUAUUGUUUAACGUUUUCCUGUUUUUUAAAUACCGCAUUGACUCUAACCUAAUUAAACGUAUCCUUACGAUAAAUGAGUGCUCCUGAAGAAUCAUUGAACGAUCAGGAUCCUGAUUAUGUCUCCUCAAUUUCCAACGAGCAAGUUCAGCAGAAAAUUUAUGAGGAAAAUGCAAGAAACACUACUGCGAGGAAAAUAACUGCGAUAGUGGAGAAGGAAUUUGCACGGGAGAUUGAGUCGAAGGAGAAGGAAAUUUUCCAAAUACAAGAGAUAUUGCAUAAAGCCCUAAAGAAUUUUCAUCUCUUGCGCUACGUUAUAAUUACAAAUUUUUACAAUCGCAAACAGUGUCAAAUUCCUCAAGCUGCAGAGAGCACGAAACAAACGAAAAUUCAUCCUGCGAUUAAGUCAUUACUUGGAAAGUAUCCCAAGUCUGUUCAAUGUACCGAUCUUGCAGUGCCAUCGACAUCUACAGAUCCUCGAUUCUUGUGCAAUGAUGAAUCUCUCGCGUCAUGUGCACAAACUACAACGAUUAAGACCGAAGAAAACAAACAGCAACAAGCUGACAAACAUGAUACAGCACUGCAGAGCGAGAAAAGAAAACUGCCAGAUGAAGAAUCUCGACCUCGCAAGGUGCCCCGUUAUAUACCACCGAAAAGCAGCACCCCAGCCCAAACGGGUCCAUCGCGUGGCAACAGCCAGAAAAUCCGAAAGCGAAUUAUUGUCGGUAACAUAUCCAAAUGGAUCCCACCGGAUUGGCGAGAAGAUGCGUCUAGUCACAAGUGGACGAUAUACGUGCGCAGUGACAAAGACGAAAGUGCCGACAUCAGCCUUUUUGUCAGUAAAGUGAGAUUCUUCCUACACCCUAGUUACCGUCCAAACGAUGUCGUCGAGGUCACGUCAUAUCCCUUUCAUCUAUGCAGACGUGGAUGGGGCGAGUUCCCUGUUAGAGUACAGUUACACUUCAAGAAUGCUCUUGACAAACCCGUAGACAUUAUUCACCAUUUAAAAUUGGAUCGUACUUACACAGGAUUGCAAACACUGGGCUCGGAGACCCUGGUCAACAUAUGGAUUCAUACGACCCAGACACGUAAUCUCGAGCAAAACAAUAGCAGGGAAUCCGUUGAAUCUCCUAAUAAUGCAUGUAUAAAAGUAGAAUCUAAUAAUGACAGUUCUGAGUUUAUUCAUAAAUUUGCAAGAAAACCUAUGGAAACUUUGCAGAGUAUUUCUGAAGAAAUUCGAGUGAAGGAAGAAAUAAUUAAUUCAGAAGUACACGAACAAUCUAAUCUGUCAUUAGAUUUAAUCAAGAAACUGGAAGACAUCAAAGUAAAGAUUGAAUCUAACGAUAAAUCAAAUCUAGAUGAGAUAAAUUAUUCCAUUAGGCAUGAUCAUAAUUAUGUGAACAGGCAUUUCAAUUCUAAUCAUUAUUCUGAAAAAGAAGGAAAUAUAACUAUAGAACAUUUUCUAGAGAGUAAUCACAUUCCUGCAACCAAUUCAUCGGCAAGUGACGAUAAGAGAGAGAAACUCGGCAAUGUACAAAUUAUAUCCCAUAGAUUUAACGGUGAUAUUCAGUCUUCCAAUAGUUGUCAGUCUUUGGCUACUUCGAAUACAGCGGAAAAUAAUUCACAAGUGAACACAACAUUUCAAGAGAGAAACAGUCAAAAGAACUUAUCAUCAUCCGAUGCCAAUAAAUCUUUACAAGCAAAGAAGAGCAGCAAUACUUCUAAAAUCUCGGGAAAUAUCACGACUACAGACACAUCAGUGACGAUUAACGGUUUUUACAAAACGUCCAAUGCUUCAUUCGAUCGACUCACCAGCUUGCAGGAAACAACGAGGAUCUCUAAUACUGCUAACUCGCAUUUAGAACCUCUAGAAAUCUCCAUACCGCCACCGAAUAUGUUCACAUCGUCGACUAAUAAAUGUACGCUUGUUAGGAAGGAUACGAAAUCGAUUACAGUGGAUAUGACAAAUAUCCUCUCCUCGAAAUCAAGCGAGAACUCGAGGAAGCUCGUGGAUGGCGACCUGAAACUUUCUAUCGCGAGAGACGGUAACAUUGCGAAAUUGAACGUCCGCAUUCCUCAAACCGUGAGCAUCCUGAAGAAGCCGCCCAACGCUAAAAUGAACACGCGACUGGACGGACUGGAGGACCCCGUCAGCGACAAUAAAAAGCCUGCUGUACUUAUAUUGAAAAACUCCAACAAUCUCCUCCUGAAUGUCAACGAGAAUGUGCCAAUCCUGAAGAUAGCAGAUCCGUGCGAUCCGCGAUACAACUACAAUCUCGAGGCAACGAAAGGCGUCUCUUUGACCGACAAGCAGAAGACAUCGACAGUCAUGCCAUACGUGAGGUCGGAGGACAAGACAGCCACGCAGCGAGUGAAAAUCACGUUGGGCAAGGACAAGUACAAGAUUCAGAGCAAGAGGGAAUUGUACGAAGCGACUCUGCGCUCGAUUGACAUUGCGAACAUCGUCGACACAGAAGCGUUAAUACGAUUCAUCGUACGUCGAUUGCCGAUCAUCACACGUGAUGCCCGCGAUCCCGAGUACAAAUUGAUGCAUCCUUACGCGUGUUGCAGCGAGGAGGAGUACUUUGCCCACAACGUUGGCAAACAACGUGCGCUCGAGUGGCAUCGUGCCAAGAUAAUCAGGUCCUUUCUGCGAAUAAAGAAGAUCCCAUCUGAUAGCUUGUGGAGCGUCAAGGAGAUCAUGGUGUGGGCGAAAUUGCACGGCUACACCCCGAGUAGAAACUCCUCCGGCUUAUCGGAGGCAGUCACGAUGAAUGACACGAAGAAGUGUCCAUCCGACACUACAACACCCACCGCAACCUCGGCCACAUGUACGGAAUCAGUCGCGUUGCAAAAGUGGCUGCAAACCUGCCAGGAAGAAUCUAGUCAAUCGAUAGAUGCUUGUGUCGAGGACGAAGAGAUUGAUGUCGAGAGUGUCGAGGAAAGCUCGUGUAGGAUUACGAUUGAUAGGAGAAAAAAUGACGAUGAUGGAGGUAGCGAUUUUUCUAAAUUGAUACCGCUCGAACUUGAUGGAAGCUUGUUGCCUUUCCAUAAUUUCGUGGACGAUACCGCGCGAGAUAUCGGCAUCAAGAUCGGACCAGAAGAGAUUGUUCCUGGUGUUCUGUAUAAUGCAGCUAGUCGCGUAAUGAUGCGGGUUGUCGAAUGUUUCGUGGAGGAUCUAACUCGAACAUCGUUGGCAAAAGCUUGGGAGAGAAAUAGCAGAAAUGAAUGUCCCAAAGUCAUCACGCUAAACGAUGUCCGUAACGCUCUCAUGAGUCGAGAGGAAUUUGACAUUUUCACCAAUGAAGGUCUGGGUUCGAUGCAACAAUCAAGUCUAAGGGAAUCGUCUAGUUGACACCCAGGUGUGAGCAAACAAGCAAGCGUCUAGUUAUCCAGACUGGACUAUGGAAUACAACGAAUCGAUCGGUGCCGCACUAUUAUCGAAUAUAGAAGACAUCUACAGAGGAAAGAUGGAUUAGAUACACGCGAAUUUACACGAACGCCUGAAGAAAUAAUUGGAGACAGUUCGAAACAGUUUAUUUAAGUCGUCUCAAUCCCAACCAACUGGAAUCCUAUGACGUUCGACCUCGCGUUGCAGCCAUUCGCGGACUGGCUCGUAAUAAGCUAAGAACGGCUCCACACGAUACUCGGAAUGUCCCGUUAUCAUGCGUAGCGCGCGUCUCCAAUCCACGCUACUUCCAAGUUUCAUCGUCGACCUGGAAGUAAAGUAAGCUAAGACCGCUUUCUUUAUAUUCGUUUUUUUUUUCACCUUCUUCAAUGAAGAAAAAUGAUAG